AUGUCAGACUUCUCAUCCGUCAUCAACGCUGUUCCGCCGGUGACGAGGACCCUGCUCAUCUCCACCGCGGCAGUCACUUUCCCUUGCCUCCUGGGUAUCGUUUCUCCAGCAUCGGUUGCUCUGAUAUGGCCAAGAAUUGUUCGUCGGUAUGAGGUAUGGCGACCGCUCACAUCGUUCUUCUUCGGAGGAUCGGGGUUCCCGCUGUUGUAUGACUUUUUCUUGAUCUAUCGAAACUCGUCGGCUAUGGAAAAGGAUGUGUAUCUUAACAACACUGCCGAAUACGCGUGGCUACACUUGAUGCUGGGCCUGUUCAUCCUGACCUUCAACAGCAUGAUUGGCCUCCCAUUCCUUUUUCGACCUCUUCUUCAUGCUCAAACAUAUAUAUGGUGUCGUGCCAAUCCUACGCUGAAGGUGUCGAUAUUCGGCCUGCUGACGAUACCAACUAGUCUCUACCCGCCUGCUCUCAUUUUGCUCGAUCUUUUGACCGGUGGCCCUAUGAAGGCUAUGGGAGGGAUUCUGGGUCUUCUCUCCGGUCAUCUCUGGUGGUUCAUUUCGACAUAUCUUCCCUUACAUGCGCCAACACAUUUGCGACGUCCAAAUCCUCUUGCUCCCCCACUUCGUUUCAGACAACUCUUCCGUAGAAACACCCCUGAUCGAUCAGCAGGCUUCGGAGCGUAUAGACCCGAGUCUCGUACAACGGCUGCUGCAGCCAAUGACCCUGCGGCUGCUGUACGUCAUCGAUGGGGUGGUGGCCAGCGUCUUGGAGGAUCGAGCUUGUAA